AAGCUCCGGCCGAGCCUCUCAGAAGCCUUGGUGAUCGGUGGUGUAGUCAUCUUGGGAUGCAGAUGUCUUACCAACCUGCAAGAACAAAAACCCUGUGGCUUCCUCUGAUGCAGGAUAUUUAGUAAAUGUUUGCUGAAGUCCCGUCUGGUUCUGGCUAAUUGGCAGGGGUCGUCCACCCAUUCUUUCCCUGCUCUGCCGUCCGUGCCAGGAGAGACGGGGGCCAGUCGGCCAAGGGGCCAGCUCCUGCUGCCUGCUCCUCUUAGGCACGUGCGGGGGCCCCCUUUCUCUGAGCCGGAAUAGGGAUCAGUCUGCCGGAGGGAUGUGGUGGACAGGCCUAAAGCAUUUGGGGCGGGGCAUGCCACUUGAGCUCCCUAAAUCUGUCUCCUCAUAGGUGACACCGAUCCAGCGUCCCCCAGUGGCCUCUCUCUUCAGAGCUACCUAAGUUCUGGUCACUUCAGAGAAAUGGAGCACCCCCUUCUCCCUGGUCCAGGUGUGGACAGCCUGGCACACUGAGCACACCUGGCAUGGCUGGUGCUGCUGGUUGCCCAGCCCCUGGCCCUAGGAGACCCUGCGGCGACCGAGGGUCCCAGCAGGCCAUGCAGCUGUGCCAAGGCGCCUCCAGCAUGGCGGCGGCCGAGGUGCCCGGCUACCUCGUGUCCCCGCAGGCGGAGAAGCACCGGCGGGCCCGCAACUGGACGGACGCCGAGAUGCGCGGCCUCAUGCUGGUCUGGGAGGAGUUCUUCGACGAGCUCAAGCAGACCAAGCGCAACGCCAAGGUGUACGAGAAGAUGGCCAGCAAGCUCUUCGAGAUGACCGGCGAGCGCAGGCUGGGCGAGGAGAUCAAGAUCAAGAUCACCAACAUGACCUUCCAGUACAGGAAAUUAAAAUGCAUGACAGAUAGCGAGUCCGCCCCGCCCGACUGGCCCUAUUACCUAGCCAUUGAUGGGAUUCUGGCCAAGGUCCCCGAGUCCUGUGAUGGCAGACUGCCGGACAGCCAGCCGCCGGGGCCCUCCACGUCCCAGACCGAGGCGUCCCUGUCGCCGCCCGCUAAGUCCACCCCUCUGUACUUCCCGUAUAACCAGUGCUCCUACGAAGGCCGCUUCGAGGAUGACCGCUCCGACAGCUCCUCCAGCUUACUGUCCCUUAAGUUCAGGUCGGAAGAGCGGCCGGUGAAGAAGCGCAAGGUGCAGAGCUGCCACCUGCAGAAGAAGCAGCUGCGGCUGCUGGAGGCCAUGGUGGAGGAGCAGCGCCGGCUGAGCCGCGCCGUGGAGGAGACCUGCCGCGAGGUGCGCCGCGUGCUGGACCAGCAGCACAUCCUGCAGGUGCAGAGCCUGCAGCUGCAGGAGCGCAUGAUGAGUCUGCUGGAAAGGAUCAUCGCCAAGUCCAGCGUCUAGGCCAGCAGGCGGCGGCGGCGGGACCGGGUGGCUGGCGGUGCUGCUCAGGCCACCCAGGGCAGGCCACUCGGGCCAGGCAGGCAAGGGGGCCGCCCUGCGAGCAGAGACCGCCUUCCACCUGGCCUCUGGCGGGAUGUCCCUUCUGAGGGGUGUUUUGAGGAACCCCCAGGCCCUGGGGACCAAGAGGCUCCAGUCUCCAGCAUGAAUGCCCUUCCUGAGACACAGGCCAGGGCCUCCGGGGUUCACUCCGAGUACGAACGUCCUAGAGCCACUGUCCAGUGCCGUUACUAUCAAUGAUACUUGACGUGGCUUUGAUAUUAAAUGUAUACUUUUUCAUUCUUGCCUGGAACACACGGUUUGCUGUUGCUGGCUUGGUGAGGAUGCCCUGAUUGAUGGAUCCCGAAAAUGAAAGCAGAUGGAAACGGGUCGGGGCAGGCUGGAGCUGGGGAAGCUCUCUCCUGAAGGGAACUCUUUAUCCUCCCUCACCAGGACCUCUGCGUCUGUCCUUAAAUGGCCUCCGACGCCCGAUGAAAACCCCAGGGACCUUCCGGGAGGCUUUUAUUCAGCUCUGUUUGGAGCAUCAGGUGUUUCCACUGCCUCCUUAGCAAUGACACUAAUAAAAGUCGUAACACCUGCUCGCCUGCA